AUGAAUAGAGACUAUGAUUAUAUGUUUAAAGUAGUCCUUAUUGGGGACUCUAAUGUUGGAAAGUCAUGCCUUUUGAUCCGUUUUGCUGAUGAUUGCUUUACUGAGAACUACAUCACCACUAUUGGAGUAGAUUUCAGAUUCAGAACGAUGACGGUAAACAAGAAUACUGUCAAGCUUCAGAUCUGGGAUACUGCAGGACAGGAACGCUACAGGACUAUCACCAAUGCUUACUACAGAGGCUCAGAUGGUAUUUUAUUAGUCGCUGAUGCUACUAAUAGAAAAUCUUUGGACAAUAUCCCGGACUGGCUUUCAGAGAUCGAAAAGUACACCGACGAUGAAGUCUACAAAAUGCUGAUUGUAAACAAAUCUGACUUAGAAGAAAAGACUGAGAUCUCCGAUGAGGACCUUAAAAAGUUCUCAAAGCUGCACGGAAUCCCUUACAUGUGGACCAGUGCUAAAUCCGGUAUCAAUGUUGACGACUCCUUCUUAAAAAUGACCCAAUCCUUAAUUUCAAAAAGAGAACUAGAGGACGAAAGCGGCCUGAAGACCAAGACCGGGAAGAAAGGAACCAAGUCCACCUUGGAAGGCUCUAACCUAUUCAGGAAUGCCGAGAAGGCCAUGAAUGAUAAGGAAACAUCCUGCUGCAAUAAUUAAGCAAGGAAGGAG